AUGUCACAAUUUACAAAUAUAAUUGGUGGUUCAGUAAAGCUGAACACAAAUUAUUAUUUACCGAUGAUUGGUCUCGGAACUUAUAAGAUAACGGGGCAGGAAACGAUAACGGCCGCCGUUGAUGGCGCGCUUAAAUCCGGUUAUCGAAUGUUUGACACGGCGAAAUAUUAUAAGAAUGAACCAGAAUUGGGCAACGCUUUCAUGGAACUUUUGCCGAAAUACAGUCUUGAACGAAAGGAUAUUUUCAUCACAACGAAAUUUUUUCCAGCUGUUUCGAAUAAUAGAGAUUUCGCUCGAAAAAUGGUCGACGAAUCGCUUCAAAAUUUAAAAACCGACUAUCUGGAUUUGGUCCUGAUACAUUAUCCUAAGGCCAAUGAUAGUGCAGAUGAUGAUCCGAACAAUUCGAUCAAUCGUAAAGAUGCUUAUCUCGAACUGGAAAUCCUUAAAGAGGAAAGCAAAGUCCGGUCUGUCGGUGUAUCAAACUAUGAAAGUAGACAUAUUGAGGAAAUUAAAAGUUAUGGUAAAAUGAUGCCAGCAGUAAAUCAAGUGGAAUUCCAUCCACAUUUUACUCGGAAUGAACUUUUUCAAUAUUGUCGAACUGAAGGAGUUUUUUUCCAGGCACUUCGAUUCUUUAAUUCUGCCAUAUUAAUAACAAAUUUUAUCAUUUCUUGUAUUGCAUAUUCUUCAUUGGCGCGCCAUCAUCCCGAUUUAAUUGGCGACCCAGUUAUACAAAAAAUUGCUUCGUUACUUUUGUUGGCGUGGCCUCUCGCAAUUGGUGUUGGAAUUGUUCCAAAGUCACAGAAUCCUUCAAGGGUCAUGGAAAAUAUUAAGGCUGUCGAAGUAAGAUUAUCAGAUGAAGAAGUACAGGAAAUUAUGGCUUUGAAUAAGGAUAAAAAUUAUAUACGAUGCGUAGGAUGGCUCGUUCUUUAA